AUGAUGCGCUACAGCUCUUCUUGUGGGGACCUCACAAAUCGCAUGAGUCUACUGGGUGAGUAUUUUUCAAGACACGUUGAAGGCGGAGAGCCGCAUGUAGCAAGCUCUGGUUCCCAGGAGGAGGCUUGCAAGCUCUCUACCCAGGAGUGUUUUGAAGCAAUUUUCAAGAAACUAGAACCUACACAAAAUGACAUUGAAAUCGAGAAGUUGGAGGACAUGCUCAAAGAAGGCUUGGAAAUAAAAUCGGGUGAGCCAGAAAAUGCACCUGCAGGACAGACUAAGAAUCUCGAGGAGGACACUAACAUGAAUAAGAAGGAGAAGAGUACAGUGAGUGAAGACAAAUAUGAGCCAUAUGUUUGCAGUAUCUGCGAUGUAACUUGUCCACAUCCUUUAGUGUUCGAGUCUCAUCAUAAGGGACGGAAGCAUGCUGCUAAGUUGAAGAAGCACAUAGAUGCUCUACUGAAUAAUCAUCAAAUACCAGAGGAAAUCAUUCAAGACAUAACAAAGGAGCUCCGAAUCAAGACUGGAGAGGCACAUGAGAUCAUCGACUACUUAAAUAAGAAAAGACAUGAGCUGGGAGAGAGAUGUGCCACCUCUGAGAAGAGUGUUGAAGAAUUUGUUCAAACUGUUGAAGAAGUAAGAGAGAAUGAUUACAAAUCUCUUCCAAAUGAAGAGUGUAUCUUCAAUGAACUAAACCUUGAGUUGUCUGCCCCUCAAGAAUGUAUUGAUGCCAUUUUCAAGAAACAAGAAGUUUCAGAAGAUUCAGGCUUAACCUCGGAGAUUGAGAGUAUACCAAACGAGAACCUGGAAAUUAACUCAAGCGAUCCUGAAAGUAACUCUUCAGGAGCCAGUGAGCAUCCAGAGGAGUACAUAGACAUGAAGAAGGAAAACGUGACUAAAGAGAAAGCUGAAGUUAAAGCAUAUGUGUGUAGUAUUUGCAGUGUGAUCUGCCUUUCUCCAGCCGUCUUCGAGGCUCAUCUGAUGGGCAAAAAGCACGCUAAAGGGGUAAAGAAACACGCAGAGGUUCUGUUUGAUGAUAAAAAGAUUCUGGAACAAAGUCUUGAAGAGAAAGAUCAUCCAAGAGACACGGUGGAAGAGGUUGAGUUUGAGCCUAAGGAUGCACAAGUGAGUAUCAAAGAAGUUACUCUAAUCAGUAAAGCACGAGAAGAUAAUAAUGAGAAUGAGCAGCUUCCAAGUGUUGAGUUUCCAGAAGAUAAGGAAACAAGGUGA